CAGAACCAUUUUGGAUACGACCAAUCAGAAAGUCUAAUUCAUGCGAGCUCUCUAUACGGUGGUAUACGGUAAUUCAUCCCAUGAUCCUAUUGUCCAAAAUGCUAGAUAUGCUAUGAUUCUAUUCUAAGAAAUAUACUGAAUACAGUGCCAUUGCAUGUUGAGAAUAUAAAAGCAGCUGUACAUUGACAGUCAGAUCGAAGGACGGGUGUUUAAAACACACAUCACUGAUAAAUGGUCCCGUAAACAACGGACAUCAUGAAUACUGGUGAUUUUCAGACGCAGCUAACAUCCAUAAUUGAAAUGCUCGCGAAAACAGCUGUUGAUGAAAUAGGCAAACUUUUCGAGGAGAAUUCUUUGUUGCUGCGGUUAGAGAUUUCACGCUGUACAAACGAAAAUGAAUCUCUGAAACAGAAGUGUCAUUUUCUGGAGAAUGAAGUUCAGUCUGCACGGAAAAGCGCUGGAAAGAUGAACGGGACACGAGCUCCGAUCAGUCAUCCGGGAUUUACAGUAACCAAUACAGAAGCCGGACAUCGCCCUGCAAUUGACAAUGUCUUUGGGAAGGAAUGGUGCAUGAACUACUGGAGACACGAGGAGUCACAUGUUGAUGAGCCAGAAGACACACAUCUGGACUCUCCAGUCAUCAUAGGAGAGCCAGUAGAUUUGCUGGAUGAAGAGCCAGAUAUGAUCAUGAUUAAGGAGGAGACAUUUGAAGACUGCUCUGGGAAAAAUAACCCUGAGGAAGAUGAAAGUUCCAGUUCGAGAGGACCUGCAAUGACCAGGGAUGAAAGAUGUGUCGCCCAAAACUCUGAAGAUUUUAUCACAUACACGGUACCUUCAGAUGACCAAAUCCAAUCGAACGUGCACCAGACACCAGCUGAAGAACAAGCUCUUGAUGGAACGAUCUCUACACAUGGGGACAUCACAACAGAGCCAACUUUUCAUAGUGCACACGACCACACAAAUACUUCAGAAGAGAAAAGGUUUGAGUGUGUAUUCUGUCGGAGAACCUUCAACAAACUGACCUACCUGAAAGCACACAUGCGAACGCACUCCGGAGAAAAACCUUUCGUCUGUACAGUUUGUGGUAAAAGAUUUGCUCAAAAAACUUACCUCAGAAUACACCAGCGCACUCAUUCUGGAGAGAGACCGUACUCGUGCAUGGAGUGUGGAAAGAGCUUUGCUCAGAAGAGCUCUCUAAACGUACACCUCCGAAGCCACACUGGAGAAAAGCCAUAUAGCUGCUCAGAGUGUGGUAAAAGCUACGCGUACAAACAGGGUUUCAAUACACACCAGUGCUUCGUUUAGACUAAUACAUACUGAAGUGAACCAUUACUGAAUAGUAUCUGUAUUAAAGUUGCUGUUACAGCAGAGUGUACAUUACUGUGCAAUAUGAACCCUUAAAAAUGGCAAGUAUGUCCAUGUUUGUUCACAGAAAUGUAAGUCCCUCAACAGUAUUUGGAAAAGUGUUAUACAGAGGCAUGUGUGCAUUGAGUUCACCUUCAUUUAGGACCAUCUGGAUGUGUAUAUUCAUUUGAACCGAGGGAUAAACAAACAUGCUUAAAUAAAGUUGACAAAGUGAGUAAAAUCA